AUGACGAUAAAUGGUAAUAACUGUGCGAAAAGAAGAAUGGGUUAUCUCGUGGUACUGAUUAUGUUGACAGUGGUCAACUGUAUUCAUUCCGUGCCCACUGUACAGCACAAAUACCAUACUCACGAGGAGCUACAGGCUAUUUUGAUUGAAAUGAAUGAGACUUACGAUAGCCACACGUAUCUAUACAGUAUUGGUCAGAGUGUUCAACAAAACGAACUGUACGUUAUAGCGAUUGCCGGAAAUAAUCCAGAGAAACACGUGAUUGGAAGACCGGAAGUUAAAUAUGUUGGUAAUAUGCAUGGCAAUGAGGUCGUGGGUAGAGAAUUGCUAAUACAGUUUAUAGAACACCUUCUGUAUAAUUAUGAAACUGAUGACGAUAUCAAGAAGUUCCUCGACAACACUAGAGUGCACAUUAUGGUUACAAUGAACCCAGAUGGCUUUGAAAUCAGUGGUGAAGACUGUAGUGGAAAUGUUGGGAGAAUGAAUGCCAAUGGAUUCAACCUCAAUCGGAACUUUCCCGACUACUUUGAAGAGAAUGAAGACCCGAUACAACCAGAGACACGGGCCGUCAUGGAUUGGUUAGAAGAAAUACCGUUUAUUCUCUCGGCUAAUCUACAUGGGGGCGCCCUUGUUGUUAAUUAUCCUUUUGACAACACCGAACCAGAGAACAAGGCAGAAGAACCUUAUCCAUACGCCGAAUGCCCGGAUGAUGACGUAUAUCGUAACAUAUCCUUGAUAUAUUCCAAGACUCAUGCUAUUAUGCAUGACAUAGAGUACAACAGCUGUAACGGGACAGACAGUGGUUUCGAAGACGGUAUUACAAACGGUGUUGAGUGGUACCCAGCCAAAGGUACUAUGCAAGAUUACAAUUAUAUCUUUACUGGCUGCUUGGAAGUCACGCUGGAAGUAGCCUGUUGUAAAUAUCCCAGUGAGGACCGCCUUGAAUUACACUGGGAUUGGAACAGAGAUUCAAUGAUGGAAUACCUUAAACAAGUACACAAAGGAGUUAAAGGGCGUGUAUCAGAUGAAAAUGGUAAUCCAGUUUCAGGAGCAAUAAUGUCUAUAAAGGGUCGAGACUUGGAUUUCACAACAUCUGCUGACGGUGAAUACUGGAGAAUAUUGUUACCUGGUUUAUACGAAUUGUCUGUUAGAAAAGAUGGAUACAUUUCUGGCUCUUCUGCGACUGCCACCGUGGAAGUAUCUGGCAUACUCUAUGACGUAACUGAGCAAGAUUUUCAAAUCUUGAGUCAUGCCCAGUACUGA